GGGAUGCAAUGAAAUCGGUGAAGCAUUUUCUAACCUCUUUUGGCAAUGGCAAACCAACUGAAGAUCCAAAAGAUGCAACGGAUCGUAAUCUGCGAAAGACUUUAAUGCUGCCUUCACGCAUCGACUUUCUGCCCUCCAAGAAAGAAGACGCAAACCAAAGGUCCGCAGACGCGCCGGAAUUACAUCCAGACAUCCGCAUGGUGACAAAUGCAAAUGGAAAACAGUUUCCUGUAAUCUGCAAUGUUCGUGGGAAAGAACCUGGAAAGGCUCCGCCGGCUUCGAGUGUGCCCGCUACUAGCUACGUUGCGCCCAUCCGAAAGAAUGACCUAUCCGUCGUCCAGGCCGCAACACAUCCGCGCACGGUGCUUUCUCGAAACGGUGUUGCCCUUCGUGUGUCGUCUGUCCCAUCCCAUGCCUCCACCAGUUGCGCGUCACACAAGUUCACUUGUAAAAGCUCGCUUCUCUUGUCUACAAACGAUGCCCCGAAUCGACUACAGAAGAAUCCAGGUCCAGAUCGGGGGGAUAACUGUCUUCAAGAGGCGGCUACAACCUGUGUUAAUGGAUCACAAAGACAGCCUCAGUGCGCAACAACAACACAGCACUCAGUUGGAGACCAUAAUACUAAUGGACUGCCCCUGGCGAGUGGAUGCAGACAAGACGCGGUGUGGAAUGAAACGUAUGUGCCGAAUACAAUAAUACUGAAUCCAGGCAUUCAACGAACUAUGAGUGAGAGAACGGAAAGUGUUCCGGCCGAAGUAGUGAGCGAUGCGCAGCCCCACACUUCUUCGUGCAGUGCGGUUGCACAAAAUGAUAAAGACAAUAGUUGUGCUUCAAGUUGUGCUCUUCCCGCUACUGCGGUUGCCAGUGCUGAAAGGAACAAAGUUAGUGAGGUUGUGAAAGUUACAGGAGAGCCAUCACGGUGGAAAUCCGGUACGGGUAAGCCUUCGGUGAGCAAGCUAAAAAAUCAAUCAAAAAUCCGUGCUCAGAAGCGCUUUUGGAACUUCAAUUUUUCUCGAUUUAUGCUUUCGUGUUCGUCCUCCAAAUUAGACUAUUCACAUGCCCGUGUGCCUUCCGAGGAGGUCAGGAGCUCUACGUUACCACGUAUGAAGUCCAGCGAGUCUUCGUUACUGACAGCCCAUGAAGUGAACAGCCUAUUUAAAGUAACCUCGCUGACGUCCCUGCAUGACUUGCCCGACGAUGCACCCAAGACAUGCUUCAGUCACGGCGAUAUACCAAUGGCAGCCGACAACGCUACGCACCCUGCAUUCUCUGAAAGAGUGACGUCCACAGCACGUGACACAGACUGCUUAGAAGAAAACGAUCGCGAAAGAAGAAACACGAGCGUAGCUGAUUCUGCUACUAGAGCUUCAGGAAGUCAUCCCAGCUCUGAAAACAGCACAGAAAACUCCACAGAGCGACCUUACAUUAUGCCGCCACGAGCACUUAGGAAAUACAUCAAGACGAACUUUAGAAGGUUAAAUAUACCAGAAGCAAUACACCCUGAAGCGAAAGCAAAAGAUGACCCACAACAAUGUAAAGGAGCUAUUGUAAGCAACGAGGAAGGCAGCGGAAGUAACGGUAGCUCGCAACGAGUGGCGGAAAAUGCUGGGAGUAAGAACGAUUCCAAUGGUAUUCAAGAUGUGACUCCUCAAUUGGCCUGCUCACUCCAGGCUAAAAAUGGUAACAGUUCCUGUACUAAUAAUUACGCUCAAGCAGAAGAAAAGGGUGAUGUAAGAAUAGCAAAGACUGCGCCUGCUGUACCCAGUGAUCAGGACACCGUUACAGUACAAAGGAAGAGUGUCGAUACGGGUAACCGUGCUACAAGGCACUGCGACAACAAAGAUAAGACAACGGCGCCCCCACCAAAAAUGGGUCCCGUCCCAAUAAUAAAACCGUCUUUGAAAGUAAACAGAGAGGUCCAGUGUGUGAAACUACCCCUUCAAAGUGACAGCCAGUAUCCUUCAUCGUGUUCUAAUCAACGAGAAAACAAGAAGGGCAGUAAUCCUCUUCAAGAGCGAGUGCCUAACACAGUAGUAGUUGCUGCCGCAGAAUCUUACGAUUGUCGGGACAAUGCUGUAACAACAGCCACUGAUCUCUCGAAAGAAAUGCCGAUAGACCUUCGUGUGAAUAAUGUAAUAGUGAACGAAAAAGGAAGUCACGUGGAACUCGAAAGGCAAGUGGAUGGUGCGAGCUGCAGCGAUAGCAUUUCAUCGGUGGAGUCAGAGCUGACAUUAGCGACGCAGAACUUCAGGGCGGCCGUACCAGCAGCGAGAAAGCUAAGAGUCCAGGACAACCCUACGUUUCCAGUGGGCACAGCAGCUUACACACGUUAUCCGGGACCGAGAAAGAGCAAGAAGCGCUCAGCCGAGCGGAUCCGCCAGCUGGAGAACGAAGUGUGGCUCGCGGAACGAGAGUUGCUGCUCGUUAAAGAAAGUUUGUUACGAAACCACAGCAGACAUGGUUCCCGGCCACCGGACAAGGUGAAGAAGGACAGAGAAAAGUCUAGCAAAAAUCAGUCCACCAAUAGUAGCUCGAGGGUUACGACAGAAUCGACUGAAGUUCAAUGCGAUGGACUGCCCGGCAUAGAAUCUAGUCACUACGCUACGACACCCGGCCUCAUUUUGAACGGCAACGCAUCCGACGAAGCGAGAAGGAUACAGGAAGAAAACGCGUCUCUACAGCAAGAGCUGAAGGAGAAAUGUGACCUUCUGGCUAAGAUUGAGGAGGAACUUUGUGAACGGGACAGUCCUGCUAGUUUGGAGGCUCUGGAGAAAAUCUGCACGCUACCCCUCACAGCUCGAUUACAGCAACGUGAAGAGCUUCGAGUGACUAAAGAAGCUAUCUCCAGCCUACGACAUUGCUUCAGAUUAGACGAUCCUUAUCAGCACACUCUGGACACCAUCGAACAGUCUCUAUGUACGCUUCUCGAAAGGGUGGCUACGAUGGAGAGGCAAUGCGGAUCAGGGAGGGACACUCUGCGAAGGCUCAAUUUUGACUCUACUGGGGAUCCUCGACGUGUCCCUCUCAGCAACAUGGGAGUGGACAUGACUGUUCACCGAGUGGAAGGGCAUCCGUCGUGGGGAGCUGGGCCUCAGGCAUCCACGAAAGUCGUGUACUACACAGAGAAGUCUGUAACUCCUUUCCUGUCUGCCAUUCCUAAAAGGCUGGGUGAAAUCAGGCUGCGUGAUUUCAAGGUUGUGUUCGACCGUCCAGGACAGUACAGGUUCCAUUUCAAGACCCUGGAUCCGGAGUUCGGCAUGGUGAAAGAAGAGGUGCUCCAUGAUGAAGACGUCAUCCCUGGGUGGGACGGCAAAAUCAUCGCUUGGGUGGAAGAGGACAUAUGACAUCUGGACUGUCAUUCCGUCAUGUACAAAGUGUAUUUAAUGGCAUAUACGAAGUUGCACCCUAACACAUGCGCAGUUUUUCAUAGCUUUUUCAUGUUCGCAAUACACCGGUAUCUUCGUAUUGCCUAAAGCCCGAUUAAUUUCGUUGCCUCGAUGAGCAUCCCGGUAAUGUAAAAAGACAGCCAAGACGUUUUGUUUGUGUGAAUGAAAUAAAGGAAAUGUGAACAGCAAACAA